AUGGGAAAUGAGAGCAAGAGCAGUGGAGCUUCAAAUGUGGGAGGAGGAGGAUUUAGGGCAAAGAUGGAGCACUACGUCUACAGUGGGGAAAAGAAGCACGUUUUGGCUGGGAUCGGAAUAAUCACCAUCAUCUUCGGGAUCCCUUGGUAUCUUAUGAAUCAAGGAUCAAAGCAUCGGUCUCAUCAAGAUUACUUGGAAAAAGCUGACAAAGCUCGAAAAGCCCGUCUCUCAUCAUCUUCGACCUCUGAGAAGUAG